UUUGUUGCCCUCGUGCAGUCAACCAUCCAGAUGCCGGGCUUCAGGAGUCUGGGCGAGAACGAAGAGGUGGAGUUCACCGUGCGGGAGGGUAGACGUGGCCUCGAGACCACGCUAGUGCAGGGGCUGGAGGGCGCCCAGUGUCUUGGUUCACAGACCGAACCAUCUACAUCCUUCAGGCCACGUAGACGCAAGUGCUACAAUUGCCAAAACUUCGGGCACUUCGCCCGCGACUGCCCUGAGUCGCGCCAGCCUAAGCGUUGCCACCACUGCAACGCAGACGACCAUCUCGUCGCCGACUGUCCUACACGCCCGGAACGGGCUGCCCGUCCCAACACCAGCAGGGAGGCCAGAAAUUCCUCUCAGUAAACUGAGAACUUUGAGCUUGCAAGUUGGCGUUGCGCCUGUCAGGACAUGACUUGGUCGAUUCUUUACUCUGUGCUUCCUAUAAAUUCAGUGAUUUUGCAUUCAGUGCAAAAUCACUUGAUUUGAUUUUCAAAUUUUCGAUUUUGCAUUCAGUGUAGAUGACAUUUUCAAGUUUGUUUUUUUGCUUGCCUCACAUUUUUUUGUUAAAUUGGCAUGCUGUAUACCGCACAAUCACAAAUAGUCUCAAUUUAUGUUUUUAUUGGUGAAAAUUGGGAAAGUUUCACUGGUUAUUAAGUAUUCACGGUUGUUCAUAUUCAAAUGUUCCUCAGAAAAUGAAUUCGGGACUUUUACGGGAACAAUUCACUAUGUUGCUGAAUGGGUCCUGGGUCAUAUCACUAAUAACAGCUCUUUAGUUAUAAAUUAUUAUUUAAAAAAUUUAGGUAAAAUCGGAAGCAUAAGAGUCAACCAUAGGAGUAGAAGUCCUGCGCGUAGGUGGUAGUGGUGGUAGCCGACUGCAAAUUAUGAAAUUAAUUUCAAAUAUCGACACGAGUAAAGAAAGGAGGUGAGGAUGUUUAAUAACGAGGUGCGAAAUUCCAUGCCAUAAAAUUUUGUUAAGCUGAAUGUACGAAAUAUUGAGUAAGUUUCUAUUGAAUCGAUGAGACGUAAACUAGGAUUUUCGUAACUUUGGGGUCAUAUAUGUUCAUCAAAUUUCGUAUCUAGGUUGCAGGAGAUAUUUUAUUAUUGACGAAUCGCAAUAGGAAGUUUGCCCCCGACGUCUUAAGACUAUUAUUUGCUGCUUAAAUUGAAUGUUUCUAUCCUCCACAAAGUCAACUCUAGGUGAUCUGACAUUCAAUGUAUUACGUUUGUUAUAUCUAACAUGAAUACCUUGUACAUUGAGAGUAAUACAUGAGCUAGUGUUUAGGUGGUUUACAACACCAAUUAUUCAGCUUCUAUCAUGACACGAAUUGCAUCGGUGAACGGUAGCACGAUCACACAUUUCCACAGCUCUCAGGAAGCCGGAAGCAUUACGGGUCUAUCUCAAUAAUCUAGUUCAGUAAACUAAUAGUCAAUUGCCACUCUACUGUCAAUUUUUCGCUUUGGAAAGAAAAGUGUUUGUGGCCUAUGUAAAGGUGUUAGUUGAUUACAUGCAAAAGGUUGUUUGCUUUAGCAAACGAGUCUGAGCAUAACGGCGUUCUCAAUUACUGCUAUUAGUCUGGUGAAGAUUCUGGUGGAGAGAAGAUUGAAGCAAAAAAUUUCCGCAGAAAUCGUAUGUGACAUUAAACUGAGUCUAAGUUUCUAAUCCUAGAGCACACUCGAUGAAAAUAGUGACUAGAUUAAAUUAAUAGCUUCUAAUUCCUCUUGCCUUGAUCUGGGUAUUCGUCCGAAAUUCAAUCGAUGUAUUUGUGGAUAGAAUUUCAUUGAUAAAGUGAUGUUUUUUCUUAGAUUUCAUAUUGACGUUGAUGUUUUAGUCGACAUACUAUGUUAUAGGUUGAUCAGUUGCGCGCAUCGUAGUCUGUGUACAGUCUGCAAGUUAACGGGUACGUUUUAUAUAGUUUUUUAGAGUAUUUAAGAAGACAAGGCCAGCUAGGGACCAGCGCGUCUUUUUCUGGUGCAGAUUUGCCAUUAAGACGUUUAGUGUAACGUAACGCUAAGAACAGUCCUGUACUAAUUAGCAUGAAUUGUACUAAUUACGCUGAUGCAGACACUCGCACUGGAAGGCAAUGGUAGGCUUGCCAAUUUUCGCAAAGCACUGCAAAUUUGUUUAAAAUGUUCAUGCCGCGUCAGAAAAUUUGUCCUAGAAUAAUUCUGUGACCCCUAAACCAUAUGUAAUGAAUUCAGCGUAUAAAGCAUCCUAAAGAAAAUGUGGUGUUUUGUCUGGCGGAAAUUUCAACAUCAUACCUGAAAGUUUCCAGACUCGGCUGUACUCUAUCGUCGUUGCUUAAUUCAAAGUUUUAAUUGUAAGUGUAGAUUAUAAGUUACUAUUAUUAAGACGCUAAGCUACCACGUAGCUUCCAUUCGCCAACUUUUGUAAGGCUUCCCUGAUGAACUAGAGGAUUGAUCUCAUUAGAUUUUAUUGAGACC